AUGUGCUCAACGACAGCAACUCCACGACUCCUCCUUUACCGACAACUGACGAGACAUCCAAUUGGUCAGUUUCACUUGCAUCAAGAGCGGGAACGUGUUUUCGCCUAUCAGGACAAGACACUCCGACGGCUCGUCCAUUUCGAACUUUAUUCUCCCUUCUCUUUAUUUUCUCAUUUUCAACAACGUGCGCAGAUCCCUGUCUAUCUCGCUCAGUAUGCGCACAGUUUAACCCCACCUUCAUCUCCUCCAUUUUUUCUUCCCCGUCAAAGUUUUCUUGCUCAGCAAAAGAAUCGCGAUUCUUUUCUGAUUUCGUAUACUGAAUCUAUCUAUCUAUCUAUCUAUCUAUCUAUCUAUCUAUCUUUUGAAUUUCUGGGAUCCAAAACACUAUCUAUCUAUCUAUCUAUCUAUCACAGUCUGUUCACUAUCUAUCUAUCUAUCUAUCUAUCUAUCUAUCUAUCUCAGUCUGUUCACUAUCUAUCUAUCUAUCUAUCUAUCUCAGUCUGUUCACUAUCUAUCUAUCUAUCUAUCUAUCUAUCUAUCUAUCUCAGUCUGUUCACUAUCUAUCUAUCUAUGUCUGUUCACUAUUCAUCUAUCUAUCUAUCUAUCUAUCUAUCUAUCUAUCUCAGUCCGUUCACUAUUCAUCUAUCUAUCUAUCAUCUAUUCAUUCAUUCAUAUCUAUCUAUCUCAGUCCGUUCACUAUCUAUCUAUCUAUCUAUCUAUCUAUCUAUCUAUCUAUCUCGUUAA